UCCCUGUGCCGCCUUAUAAACGAACACACUCAGUGUGUUAAUCGGUUCUUAAUUUAAAAUUACAAUGAAUUUUUUUAUAAUAAUACUGGCUGCCUCAACGACCCUACUCGACGAAUGUAGUGGUACAAAAAAGAUGGUUUCAGAGGCAUGUACGGGAGUUGGCGGGAUGGACGGACUUUGUAUACAAAUAACGUACUGCCCAAUUUUACUGGAACUUGCUAACAAUGAAGAGGGCACUGAUGAAGACAUACUGUUCUUAACUAAGAACAAAUGUUCGCAUGACGCUUCAAUUCCAAUGGUCUGUUGUGAACGUAAAUGUCGCACCCCCGAGGGCCAUCUUGGCACCUGUGUCGCCCUCAAUCAUUGCCAACAUCUCAACGAAGGUACCAAGUCAAUUGAAGAAAUAGCAUACAUACGACACUCUAGAUGCAACGGAGACGCUCAGAACAGUGUCUGCUGCGGCCCUGAAGUCAAUCUUAGUGGUGACAUCGCAUGUAUUAAUAAAACUUCUGCCAUUCCUCCGAACCAGAAGACAGGGUGCUGCGGUGUCGCCAUCGAAACCGACAAUGUUUACCCUGGAGAAGUAGCGCAUAUCCAGCAGUAUCCGUGGCUGGUGCUCAUUGAAUAUCAAAUGUCGGACGGGAGCGUCAAACUGGCUUGUGCUGGAAGCCUCAUCAGCGGCAGAUAUGUGCUCACAGCGGCGCAUUGCUUCCUUGGAAAUGUCGCGGAUAUAGGCGUUCCCACAUCGAUCCGACUAGGCGAGUUUGAUAUCAGAAAUGAUACCAUGGACUGUAUGGGCAAUUCUGAAGAAGAACUUGAGUGUAACGAUCCAACUGUUACAAUACCCAUCGAAAGAGUCAUCUCGCACCCCUCUUAUAACAUCGAAACCAAGCAACAUGACAUCGCUUUGAUCAAGAUGAAGUCCAAUGCUCCUUUCACAGCCCACAUCAGGCCCAUCUGUGUACCAGAAAUUGACAUAUUCGCCUCUCAGGCCAUGGUGACAUAUGCCUAUAACGAAAAUAUAGAUGUUAGCGCCAAAAUGGCGACCGCAGCGGGUUGGGGUUACGCCAACGAGACCUUGACGAGGAGUACAGUGCAACUACAUACUAAAUUGCCCAUCGUAGACCGAGAGAAAUGUUCAUAUGCAUACAAAAUGCCCCUUUCAAACGAAAUGAUUUGCGCCGGUGGCUUUAAAGAGGGGGAUGUCUGCAAGGGAGAUUUGGGUGGACCUCUGAUGUUUGACACAUAUAUCAACAGUAGACAGCGUGCUAGUGUUAACAAAAUGAAGUUUGUUGCGGGUAUACUACUCGUGAUCGCAUCGUCGAGUCUCGCCAACGGACAAUCAUGCAACUGCAUAUCGAUACUGCGUUGCCCGCCUCUAGCCGCUUUGAUCAACAAGCCCACAAGAACCCAGGAGGAGAUAAACAAGCUGAGACAAGCGUCGUGCGGUUUCGAAGGUACCACUCCCAAGGUAUGCUGUCCAGCACAACCUCAAACUUGCUCCACGCCUGACGGCAUGCAGGGCAACUGCGUGGACAUCUAUCAGUGUCCACAUCUGGCUAACCUGGUAAAACCGCCAGUUCCUCAGGAUGUGGCACAGUACUUGCAGAAAUCUAGAUGCAACGGUCCAGCCCAAUACAGCGUGUGCUGUGGCCCGGCGAACUCCACGCCGAUGGCAAAGGUGGAGGAGGGGAAUUGCGAGAACAGGGUAUUCGUGUACCCGCCCGAUCCGAGGACUCAUUGCUGCGGCCGAGACAGCGGUGGCGCUAACAGAAUUGUUGGUGGAGAAGCAGCGAGCAUAGAGGAGUACCCUUGGCUAGUAGUCAUAGAGUACGUCAAAGACAACAAGAUCAAGCUGCUGUGUGGAGGCACGCUCAUCAGCUCCCGAUAUGUUCUGACAGCGGGCCAUUGCGUCACUGGCCCUGUAUUAGAUGCUGGCACUCCUAAAAACGUCCGCGUCGGUGAUUACGAUACGACAAGCAACGGGCAAGACUGCGUGGACGUUGGGGGCGGCUUCGACUGCAACGACCCAGUGCUCAUCAUCCCUAUUGAGAGGACCAUCCCCCAUCCUGAGUACGACUUGCUCAGCAAGAGGAAUGAUAUAGCGCUGAUUAGGAUGAGGGAUAAUGCACCUUACACUGAUUUCAUCCGACCGAUCUGUUUGCCGACCACUGACGUGACAACAGCCCGCUCUGGGCCUCUCAACUUGACGGUCGCCGGAUGGGGAGCCAUCAACGAGACAGUCAGCAAGAGCUCUAUCAAGCUCUUUGUCAAACUACCCUACGUUAGCCGCGCGCAAUGUCAAACAGUAUACAGUGCUCCAAGAAGACGAGCUAAUCUUUGGGACAAACAAAUGUGCGCCGGCGGUCAGAAGGACAGAGAUUCUUGCAAGGGUGAUUCGGGAGGUCCACUAAUGCACGAGAAUGAAAGCGAGAAGAGAUACGACUUAAUCGGAGUGGUCAGCUUUGGACCGAAGCCGUGUGGAGUGGAGAACAUCCCUGGAGUGUACACUAAAGUGAUUGAAUACAAGAGCUGGAUCAACAGCGCUAUCAAUGUAUAAUUGUGAGACGGUGUGAAUAUUAUUAUGGAAUGUCUUAUAAACUUUCGCGGUUCGUUUCGUGUUUUUUAUAUUUCUUGUCAUAAAUCUAAAGAAGCAAGUCACUAUAUGCCUCCUGCAGAGGGGAUAUUAUGAAAUGCUCACUAAAAAAACAAGUUCUAAUUAUAUGAUGUGUACCUGGUACAUAUGGAAUAAAUUCGCUGGAGCUAAGGGCUUAUAGUGUGAGUUUGCUAUUUACAUAUCCCCAUCAUCGGUAUGAUUGUCGUUGCGUUACAAAAGCGCAAUUUGAUUGGUGCACUGCGCACUUCGAAACGAAUCGAUGGUGAUAUGUAAAUAGCAAACCCGCACUAAGUAUCUCAUAAAGUUGAUAUUCUACCAGAUUAAUGUUAUUAGAAAUGUAUCAAUCCAAUAUUGCACUUACUUUGUAAUGGACACUUAGUCAUAGUCCUUUUUAUUAAGAACUUCUUUUACACAGGAAAAUUUGACGUAUAUAAAGAGAGCUUAAGAAAUAAUAAGUGUAUGAACUAAUUCUCAUUUGUGUGUGAACUAAUUCUCAUUUUAAAAGACGAGAAAUUAAAUCUUUGGUUUUAGUAGAUUAAAAACACCUGAUAUUGCCUUA